GGGGGGUGUUGUGUUCUCCAAGGCCCGUGCACGCCCGUCUGCCCUGGCCAGGGAACCCCCCUUCUCCUUGUGUCCCUGGGAUACCCCCCCCCACCCUCGCUGCCCUAAUGCUUUCUCCGUCCUCCUCCAGGAGUCCAUGUUUUCUCUGGCCCUGAAAUGCCUUAUCAGCCUGUCAACUGUCAUCCUGCUGGGCUUGAUCAUCGCCUACCACACGCGGGAAGUGCAGCUCUUCGUGAUCGACAACGGGGCCGACGACUGGCGGAUCGCCAUGACUUACGAGCGCAUCCUGUACAUCAGCCUGGAGAUGCUGGUCUGCGCCAUCCACCCCAUCCCCGGGGAGUACAAAUUUUUCUGGAAGCCCCGGCUGGCCUUCUCCUACACCCCCUCGCGGGCCGAGGCCGACGUGGACAUCAUCCUCUCCAUCCCCAUGUUCCUGCGCCUCUACCUGAUCGCCCGCACUCCCUGCCUCUGGAGCUAA